AUGGGUUGGUUUGACGGCAGCUCUUCUGUCUCAGGAAACGGAUGGGUGCGCAAACGAUCGCCUCAUCGAUCCGCUUCCAUCUAUUCCUCUCGUCACUCUAGACACUCGGCACCAUCAAUAUUCAGCCUCGGCGGUGGAAGCAGGAACAGAUCGACCAGCUCAUUCUUCUCAACUUCGUCCUCUUCACGAAAGGGAGUCCGCCCUCGUUCUGGCUUCAUUGAGCGCAUGGCCCGCCGCAUCAAGCGUCUUUUACGAGACAUUUGGAGCUAUGCUCGUCGUCACCCGAUUAAAGUAUUCUUUUUUGUGAUCGUGCCAUUGAUCACCGGAGGUGUUUUGCAGAAGUUGUUAGCCAUGGUUGGCUUGCGGUUACCUGCCGGCCUCGCGGGUCAUCGUUCGGAAUUCGAGCAAAUAAGCCGUAGCGGCAACUUCGGGGGAUUGGGUGGCAGUGGUGUUGGCAGCGCGGGACUUGGAGAAAGCGUUAAUGGAUUGAUCACUCGCUGCCAACUGGACACAUGGAAGGCGGCACCCCGCCGAACUCGUCUCAUUCAGGAAGGAACACAUAAUGUCGGCCCCCACCAAUCAUAUGUGGGCUACCUAGUGGGUCCGGCUUUUAUUGUUAGUGCCGAAUCAUACAAACAGGUCGACAUUAUCUCGCGUCUCCCUUUGAUACGUAUCUUGCCUGCCAUGGGUGAUGCCAGCCCCAGGAAACCGGCUUCUGAACGGAGAAAGCAGCAGAUUAGACCAGCUCAGAGGGGCCACCGUCAGUUCGACCCAUGCAUUAUGAUCACAAUCGAACGGCUGGCUGACGUGGAGGACAGGUGA